GCAAUAAUAAACAGCACUAUCACCCCGAACAUGACCUUCACGAAGACAUCUCACAAGUUUGGGCAGUGGGCAGACAGCCGUGCCAACACAGUGUAUGGGCUGGGUUUCUCCUCUGAGCAUCAUCUGGCCAAGUUUGCAGAUAAAUUUUCAGAGUACAAGGAAGCAGCCAGGAUGGCCAAGGAGAAGUCUCUAGAAAAGAUGGAGCUGGCAAGUUCGCCCUCUCAGGAAUCGCCUGCCGACAUUCAUUCCCCUCUUACUCCACCCGUGACUGCGGACUUCUGCCGAAUCAACGGCACUGGUGAUGACGUCACUCUGUCUGACGUGUCACCGAAUUCUAUGCUCCAAUCAGACCUUUCCCCGACCACGCCGACCCUUGCACACAGCCCGACAACCAACAAACACUGGGAAGCAGAGCUUGCAACACUAAAGAGCAACAAUGCCAAGCUCACAGCUGCUCUGCUGGAGUCCACAGCCAACGUCAAACAAUGGAAACAGCAACUAGCAGCUUAUCAGGAGGAGGCUGAAAGGCUACACAAACGGGUUUCAGAAUUGGAAAGCCAGAGUAGUCAAACCAAUGUGAUCAAAUCCCAGAAAACGGAGCUGAACCAAACAAUAGAGGAGCUGGAGUGCACAUUAAAGGCAAAAGAAGAGGAAAUGGUGCGAUUGAAAGAAGAAGUAGAAAAUGCAAAGCAGCUUCAAACUCAGAAAGAUGAACUCACCAAAAAGUUAGAGGAGACAGACUUGCGGAAUAAGGAGUUUGAGGAACAGUUGGCUGAUCUGGAGCAACGUCUGGAGUCAAGUCAAGUGGACCAGGAGAACCUUCGCAAGAACCUCAAAACCCUGCUGGAGAUUCUGGAUGGAAAGAUCUUCGAGCUGACAGAGCUGAGAGACAACCUAGCUAAGCUCAUAGAGGACAGCUAGACUCCUCCACCUCUCGCCUCAAAACAUGACUUUGAUGCCACUUUUUACGAAAUACACAGCAUCCGAUUCAGGCCGAGAGAGUCUGAUGUACUUUCGAGCAACACCUCAACUGUAGGACUCUCUUUCACUCACUUACACGGAAUGAUUAACCUUUGUUUGCACUUGAUUUUGUAUUUUUGAGGUGGGUUCAUUCUGUUCAGUGCCAUUGCAACCUACCGAAUUUUAUUGUCAACAACCCACCUGUACUUUUAUCGAUGUUUCCUUGAAUUUUCCCCUGAAAUAAGCAGCCUGCAAAGAACAUGGCUGCAUAUAGGCUCCUACUUUUUAAAGGUGCUGGUUUCGUGUGCCUGGCUGUUGGCGUUAAUAGACGUUUCUUAUGCUGCUGAGGACACUACAUGAAUUACACUGACUGGAUCUUCAGUCGUAUUUUAAGACUAGAUAUUCAGAGCCAUAUGUUGUAGCCAAAUGUUAUUGGCUUGCCUCUUUCCCUUCAUGGAAACUGCCUCAAAGUUCAAUCAGUCAGAGUUUCAGGAUACUCAACCACUGACCUAAAAAUCUCUUGACAUUUAACAGACUUUGAGACGUAGAUGUGGCAUAUGCUUUAGGCCUGUAAUAUACACUGAGCAAUAUUAGUGUGAGCGUCUGUAUGCCAGAUUAGUGCAAGCCACCUCAAUGCAUCCGUCAGGUACUCAAACAGUCGAUGAACAGGAUCAAUUUAUGGCCUGUCAUAGGUAAACUCUGGAUUUCUCCAAUGACCAGUGUAAUGCUUUUGGAUCGUAUUGGCCUUAUAAUAACCCGUAUCUAUACAUUUUUCAGGAUUUUCUUGAAGACGAAGAUCUUCCUUUGUUUGUUGACUUACCAAAUGCAAUUAUGUACUCGAUUCCUUACGAUUUUCAAUAACAAUAUAAGUGUAAUAUUUAAAAGGUCCUUACUGCUGAUGGGUAUUAUGAUACAUAGAUCACUGUCAGUAUGCUU